AUUUUUGAUGGAUAAAGACAACUUUGCCUCCAAAAACGACGAGUCACAGGAGAAUGCUGAGGACUUGCACUUUCCUCUCUCAUAUUACUACAUAGAGUCGUCACACAACACUUACCUUACUGGCCAUCAGCUUAAAGGGGAGUCCUCAGUAGAGCUCUACAGCCAGGUUCUUUUACAAGGCUGCAGAAGUGUUGAGUUAGACUGCUGGGAUGGUGAUGAUGGAAUGCCUAUCAUUUAUCAUGGGCACACCCUUACUACUAAGAUCUCUUUUAAGGAGGUGGUUGAAGCUAUUGAUCGCAAUGCGUUCAUCACUUCUGACAUGCCAAUUAUCAUAUCGAUAGAAAACCACUGUUCAUUGCCUCAGCAGCGCAAGAUGGCUGAAAUCUUCAAGAAUGUAUUUGGAGAUAAGUUGGUGACCAAGUUUUUGUUCGAGAGUGACUUUUCUGAUGAUCCUAUGCUUCCUUCCCCUGGCCAACUGAAAAGAAAAAUCCUGCUUAAAAACAAGAAGCUGAAAGCCCAUCAAACACCAGUGGAUAUAUUGAAACAAAAGGCUCACCAGCUGGCACAUAUGCAGGCACAGGCUAGCAAUGGUGCUAGCAACCCCACACCUACCAAUGAGGAGGAAGAAGAUGAAGAGGAUGAAUAUGACUAUGACUAUGAAUCUCUCUCUGAUGCUGAUGUCCUUAAUGCUUCUCCUGCUCCUAACAGCCAGGAAGAUAACAUUCUUGAAGACCGACCUGAGAAUAAAUUAACCAGUGAUAAACUGCAGUUUGAAUAUAAUGAAGAGACUGCCAAACGACUAAAGAAGGCUGACUGUGCUACUUACAAUAAUAAAGGAAAGGUUUACGACAUGGAGCUGGGUGAGGAAUUCUAUCUUCCACAAAAUAAGAAGGAAAGCAGACAGAUAGCCCCAGAGCUUUCAGACCUUGUCAUUUACUGUCAAGCUGUAAAGUUCCCUGGCUUGUCGACUCUAAACCCAUCUGGCUCUAGCAGAGGAAAAGAAAGAAAAAGCAGGAAGUCCAUUUUUGGCAACAAUCCUGGCAGGCUGAGCCCUGGGGAGUCAGCUGCUCUUGCCAAAGCAUCUGGAAAAGGUCCUUUUGACGUGAUGCGGCAGACGUGGGAAGAUCCUUGCUCUCCUUACAACUCUCCAGCUUCUCUCAGCGCUAUCAUAAGGACACCCAAGUGCUAUCACAUCUCCUCCCUGAACGAGAACGCUGCCAAGAGGCUGUGCAGGAGGUACUCCCAGAAGCUGAUCCAGCACACCACCUGUCAGCUCCUGAGGACUUACCCUGCUGCCACACGCAUCGACUCCUCGAAUCCCCAUCCACUCAUCUUCUGGCUCCAUGGUGUGCAGCUCGUGGCUCUGAACUACCAAACAGAUGAUCUUCCUCUGCAACUCAAUGCAGCGAUGUUUGAGGCUAAUGGUGGUUGUGGAUAUGUCUUGAAACCUCCAGUUCUGUGGGAUAAAAAUUGUUCAAUGUACCAGCAGUUCUGGCCAUUGGAAAGAGACCUGGAUAAUAAGGAGCCAGCUAUAUAUUCAUUAACAAUUGUGUCUGGACAGAACGUUUGCCCCAGCAACAGCACAGGCAGUCCCUGCAUUGAGAUCGACGUGCUGGGGAUGCCUCUGGACAGCUGCCACUUCCGAACGAAGCCCAUUCACCGCAACACUCUCAACCCUAUGUGGAAUGAGCAGUUCCUUUUCCGGGUUCACUUCGAAGAUUUGGUCUUUCUCCGCUUUGCAGUUGUAGAAAAUAACAGCUCAGCUGUGACAGCUCAGAGAAUCAUUCCCCUGAAAGCACUGAAGAGAGGCUACAGACAUGUCCAGCUCCAUAACCUGCACAAUGAAACAUUAGAAAUUUCCAGCUUGUUCAUAAACAGUCGGAGGAUGGAAGAAAAUCCCUCUGGAAACACCCUGCCUGCAUCUAUGUUGUUUAGCUCGGGGGAAAGGAAAGCUGCUGUUCCUUACAAAGUGACAGUCCAUGGAAUUCCAGGCCCGGAGCCUUUCACUGUUUUUAACGUGAGUGCAGGGCUCUUGGCUACCAUAAAAGGCACUGAGUCAUGUGCUGCAGACUAUUUUCUGAUGGAAGAGAAAAGUUUUAUAUCUAAAGAAAAGAGUGAAUGCAGAAAACCACCAUUCCAGAGGGUGAUUUGCCCUGAAGAAGGGCUAGUGCAGCUUUUGAACAGUUGGUUUCCAGAAGAAGGAUAUGUUGGAAGGAUUAUCUUGAAAACCCGAGAGGAAAAUUUAAAUGACAGAAAUGUCUUUCAAGAAGCAAAGGAAGAAGCAGCCAUCAGCUCUGAGGAUGACAGUUUCUUUGUUCAGGUACACGAUGUCUCCCCAGAGCAACCACGCACCGUCAUCAAAGCUCCUCGCUUCAGCACAGCUCAGGAUGUCAUCCAGCAGACUCUUUGCAAAGCCAAAUACUCCUACAGCAUUUUGAGCAAUCCAAAUCCAAGUGAUUAUGUGCUCUUGGAAGAGGUGACAAAAGAGCCAGCAAACAAAAAGUCCUCGACAUCUAAACCAUCUCAGAGGAUUCUGUCUGACCAAGAAUGUGUAUUUCAGGCCCAAAGCAAGUGGAAGGGAGCAGGAAAAUUUAUCCUUAAGCUCAAAGAACAGGUUCAGGCAGCACGAGACGACAAAAGGAAAGGCAUCUCCUUCACCAGUGAACUCAAGAAGUUAACCAAGUCAAGCAAGCAGUAUCGGGGGUUCAUCUCUCCCCCCCUGCAGGUGCUGUCAGACAGUCCCCAGAGCAAGGACGAAAGAGCUGCGUGUGGCUUGGCCUUCAGUGACAUCGUGGAGUAA